UGAGGAUGAGGCGUCAUGUUGGGGGUAAACCUUUGUCGUCGGCGUCGCGUUGGGAGUGUUGCCAUUGCGGGUCAGGCGCACGUGCAGUGGAGUGCUGCAGCCGCAGCGUAACUGCAUCGCGACGCCAUCGCCACCGCAUCUCUUUCUUGCAAUUGCAGGCUGCAACCGCGGUCCCGCUCCCACAGACGAUUAAUAAUUUAAUCUCAAACGAAAUGAGUACUCAAGAUGGAAAAUCAGGAGGAAGUACUGAGGAGUUUUUCAUGGCCAAUCCUGACUACUUUUUCAUUGUUGGAAAUCCUGACUCUGGUAAAGUGGAACGGAUUGGUGUAUCCUCCAAUCAACUGAAAGCUCAUAGCCCAGUGUUCAGGAGCAAGCUGAAAGAUCUUCAACAAUCUGAUCGUCCAGAAGACAACCUCCUCAUUAGUGAUGUUAACCCGGACACGUUCAAACUGAUGCUCAGGCACAUCUAUGGAGGAGAUCUACCCAAACUAGAUGAAAAGGAAAUAAUUCACUUGGCUUUGUUUGGGAAGUCUUAUGAUAUCAAUGGCUUGGUCGAUAAGGUAGCAAGUCAACUUAAACCAUCAAGUGCUAAAAAUAUAAUUCCCGCUUUGAAUUUUUUAUCCCACAAUUACUGUCCAACAUUGGAGGCAGAGGUAUGCAAAAUCAUCCAAACAGAGACCUCAAGUGUUGUUUACGACAACACGUAUUUGAAUAUAGGCGAACACUCUGUUUUGUUGAUAGCCAAGCAAGAUGCAUUGAACAUAACUGAAAUAGAACUUUGGAAAUUUCUUGUACGCUGGGGCGGAAAUGAAUUGAAAGCUCGUCAAGAGAAGUCGCUCAGAAAUUGCCUGAUCAAAGUUCUGGAGCAUUUUAGGUUUCUAACACUCACUGUUCAAGAGAUUGUUGAUCAUAUACUGCCCAGUAAUGUACUGACACCUGCAGAAGUCGGUGAGUUGUUUUACGCAAUAAUUGCAAAGCAAGAGCCAUUAAAGGCACCUGGUCUCUGUCAAAUUAGGGAAAAACGAAAACUGCUCUCCAACCCUGUUAAUGAAACACCUAAAUCAUUAAAAUUUGGUGUUACACCAUCCAGCGUUUCAGCUUUAAAACUGAAAAGACAAGGCGGAAAAAAGUAUUCUUCUUUCAGUAUAGAACUUUUACAACAAGUAACGAUGUCAAUUGAUUCCUUUAUCAUAAGAAAUGAGGAGCGUGAACCAAACUCUAAUCUCAAUCGAGUUUACGAACUUCAAUGUUACAUUACAAUUGUCAAGUCUUCUGAAGGUUUCCCAGUUGAGGAAUAUGUCGUUUCAAUCACAAAGCCAGCAGCUAUAAUGUUUGAUGAUGUUAAUCUGUCUAUCAGGUUGAAAAAUGACCAACCCUUAGUUUUAAAAGGACCUGGCAGAUAUUUCUUCAACAUUUCCUUUAACAUUCCAAUCACUGUGUACGAGAUUUACAAAAUGGAUUCAUCAAACAAAGAACAGAAUGUUACGUUCGAAAAACACCCGUAUCCAUCUGAAAUGUAUGUAAGAUAUGAAGACCAGCCCCAUGUGAUAGGAAUUGUUUUCAAAACACGUCCAACCCCCAAAUAAUAAUUAGUAAAAUCUUGAUUUGAAGCAACACAAAAAUAGGAUUUGUAAAAUAAACAUAAACUAUAAAUCUGAAUAUUUACUUUAGUUUCAAAAUAGGCUACUUCAAUGUGGACAACAAAUCUACAUUAUAUUUCUUUCUGGUUACCUAUUCUUUCCUCUUAACAGCUCUGGGAAUGUGUUGGAAUUUAUAACCAAUCAAAACCACAGUAAAACUACCAUAUUUUCGUAUACCGUACAAAUAUCUUGAUGCAAAAAUUUAGUUGUUAGUGUGUUAAUUAGAAUCUCUGAUCAAGCUUGAAACUGUGAGUCAAAUAAGUCUUGGAGAAGAAAGCUUUUCCCUUAGUUUCUGUAUUUCACACUAAAAAUAAAAAUAGAAAUAUAAUCAAGUAGUGUUGAGAAUGUAUAAUUUUUCUUUCAGCAGUUUAACAACUUUGCCAGAAAGUUAUCAACUUCACUGUUGCAUUGAAAAAACAUAUUAGGAGAUACUUUCCGUAACUUAACAUGUCACAUUUUAAAUGCUUGGGGGACACAUAUCUAAGCCAAUAUGAAUAUUUAAUGGAUGCAAUUUGCUAUAUGAAUUUUAAGUAAAGUUUUGUGAAAGAAUUUAGCUUAUUUGUUUACACAAUUUCAAGAAAACUUUUGUUAUAACUUUGGUUUGUUAACUUUCGUACAAUAUUUAUUUGUUCAUUAUUAAUAAGGUUUUGUCCAAGGUUUUGCCAUCAAUUAUUGUUGUUUAAUGAAUGUGAAUAAACCAUUACAGAUUGUUCUUUU